AUGUCUGGCAAGAUCGUGUCCGUGACGUCAUCCUCACACUUCACCCAACUGCUUUCGCAAUCCACCUACACCGUAGUCGACUUUUACGCCGACUGGUGCGGGCCCUGUAAAGCGAUUGCGCCCGUCUUCCAGAACCUUGCAGAGAAAGAGACAAGGCCAGGAAAGCUGCAGUUCGUCAAGGUCGACGUCGACGCGCAGCAAGACGUCGCGCGCAAAUAUGGCGUCUCUGCUAUGCCCACCUUCCUCGUCAUCAAGUCUUCCUCUGUUGUCGAUACCAUCCGCGGCGCCAACCCCUCUGCCCUCACCGCCGCCGUGCGCAAAGCUGCCAACGAUGCGACCGGCCCUGGCGCCUCAGCUGCUGUAUUUCAAACCAAGGGACGAACGCUUGGCUCUGCGUCAGAACCUAGCCGGCCGGUGAAUGAGAGCCCGUUUGCUGGGCUGCAGCGUCUUGUGGUGGGCAAUGGAGGGCUCAGCGAUAUUGUCGUGCGUUUCGUUGCGCUGUACGUCAUCAGCUUGUUUGCGUUUGAUGCGUUCAAGGCGGCUGAAGAGAGCGCGUUCAAUAUCAAGGCGAAGAGGUGA